AUGUCGGAUCUGACAGAGAUGCAUCGAGAAGCCCAGAAGAAUAACUGGGAUGAUUAUGGUAGUGCGUUGAGGGGAGCCGGGAUGCCGCUUGAAAUUGCUGGGAUCCGCCUUCUUCCCAUCCCUCGAUGGGACUACGACGUCGUCCUCAGCUUCCGAGGUGAGGACACUCGCUCCAGCUUCGUCAGCCACCUCCACAGUGCGCUCUGCUGUAGCGGAGUCCGCCCCUUCGUCGACGGCGAGCUCCAGCGGGGAGAGAGGAUCUCCCCCUCACUCGAGCGGGCGAUCGAGGGCUCCAGGAUAGCGAUCGUCGUCUUCUCCCCCAACUUCGCCGCCUCCACCUGGUGCUUGCAGGAGCCAACGAAGAUUCUCGAGAUGAAAGACACGAGAGAGCAACUAGUCCGGCCAGCGUUCCUCCGCAUUGACCCGAGCGAUAUGCGGAAGCAGGCCUGUGUCAUUGGGGAGAUCAUGGCGAGGCAUGAGGAGGUUUUUGGUGGUGGCAACGGGGAUGGUUCGGAGAGAGUGAAGAAGUGGAGAGACGCGCUUCGCGAAGCGGCUAAUUUGUCCGGAUGGCAUCUAGGCAACAGAGUGGAUGCAUCAAGAGGCAUUGCUUCACCUUAUGCUCCUGAAAUUGCUUCACCUUAUGCAUCAAGAUCGAGUGCAAUUGUCAGUCUUGAAUCUGAACUUAUCCAGAAAAUCGUCGAAGAAGAGUCCAGCAAGCUGCAUCGCCCGUACUUGGAUGUUGCGAAGCAUCCAGCUGCUCUCGACAAACAUAUUCAGGCUGUUAGAAUAUUAUUGAAUACAGAGGAUGAUGGCAUUCGCGUGGUGGGUAUCUGUGGGAUUGGCAGAAUAGGCAAGACAACUAUUGCUAAAGCUGUGUACAAUAUGACUGCCGAUCAAUUCGAAGGGAGUAGCUUUCUGGCAAAUAAACUAUCCCCCACAAGAGAUUACCAGUUUAUCUCCUUCUGCUUUACUAACUAUGCAAAAGGGAUCCCUUUGGCUCUUAUUGUAUUGGGAUCUUUCUUGAGUGGUAAGAGCAUUCAUGAAUGGAACUGUACAUUGGAAAGAUUGAGAGCCAUUCCUGAUGGCCAGAUUGAUGAGAUUCUGAAAACAAGUUUUGAUGGAUUGGGAACUCAUGAACAAGCUAUCUUUCUCAACAUCGCUUGUUUCUUCAAGGGAGAAGAUAAAGAUUAUGUAACAAAGCUGCUGGACCGUUGUAACUUUUAUCCAGAUAGUGGGCUUCAAAUUCUCUCUAAAAAAUCACUCAUACAUAUUGACUCGAACAUAAUAUGGAUGCAUGACUUGCUUCAAGAACUGGGUCGAGAAAUCGUGCGUCAAGAAUCUCCUGAAAAUCCUGGAAGGCGCAGCAGACUCUGGUAUCAUGAGGAUAUUCUGAAAGUGUUACGGGAAAAUUCGGGAACAAACUCUGUUGAAGGUAUUAAAUUAGACAUGCUUGAGCCUGAAGAGGUGUUUAUGGGUGCAAAAGCCAUCAAGCAGAUGAAAAGGCUUAGACUGAUUAUGGUUCGGAACAUACAUAUAUCUGGAUGCCCCGAGUAUCUUUCAAACGAGAUGAGGUGGCUCGAUGUGCAUGGAAACAACUUGCCAGCAACUGUAGAGAGCAACUGUCCGGCGCAGCCUGGUGUUCCUGAUUCCAGACCCACCAAACCUGCUAAGAAUGAGCAACAUCAUGGUCUGAUCAGAACGAGCUUGUUUAGAUUUAGAUGCAAAGAUGCAGCAUCAAGAAGCCGCAAAAUUAAUUGCAGAGAUGCUCCGUCGGACUUUAGAAGUAUUAUGGCUACCCCACAUAAGCUUGCCCAGUUUUUAUGUUUUAAACGACUUGUGGGUUAUAGUCAGCAACAUUGAGAAGCAGAUUU